GCGCAGUUCAAUUCAUCAGAAUCGUGGCACAGUCAUCAGGAGGUUUGUUCGGCAAGAAGGAACACCGGCGAAAAGUUUCGAAGAAGUUUUGUCCUAUUUUCAGGUAAAGAUAACCUAUUAGCUCUGACAAAAUGAGUUGGGAUUCGUACAUCGAUAACCUAAUAGCACAAUCUAAAGAUGCUUCGGGGGAAUGUCACGCCGACAGGGCAGUCAUUAUCGGUUUAGACGGCUCGAAAUGGACGACUGACGCCCAUGCAAGUUCCUUCAAAAUUACCACAACCGAGGCGGCAAAUAUAGGCAGGGCGUUUAAAUCCGGUGAUUUUACGCCGUUCAUGUCUUCGGGCGUGCACGCCGAGGGUGUAAAAUACCAGUUUCUUCGGGAGGAGGACAAAAAACUCGUCCUGGCCAAGAAGAAGGGGUGCGGCGCCUUGACCGCUCAGAAGUCCAAGACAGCAGUGGUCAUUGCUCAUUGUCCGGAGGGGGGCCAGCAAGGAAACUGCAAUAAGGGAGUAGGUGUGAUUGCGGAAUACCUCGAAUCAAUGGGUAUGUAACACAAAGACAAAUCACCCUCAAUAUUAUUUUUUUGUAACCAGUAACUUUCCAUGGUUUUACGCAUCCUUUUAGUCUGCACACCACAACAAAUGGAACUAGCCUAACAUCAGUACGAACAUUGUGAUUUUGUUUUUUAAAAUAAUCCAAUCAAGUCAAGUCAAACCACUUUUCUACGGCCACAUUGCCCCACGACUCUGGACUAUGUCAACAUGUGAACACCACUAUAGCUAACUUUAACGUAUUAGUAUGUAACUCAACUACAGCCGAGUUUCCCUCCACAUCUUGGACUUGAUUGGAAGUAAAUUAUUCCUGCCGUUGCACACUUACUGUUGCUGUGAAUGGAUUACAACGCAAAUCCAAUGACGUCGGAAGAACGCUUUCCCGAGUUCAACCUGCCCCCCAAUCGCAAACACUGUCAAAGAACACUGUCUUCCAAUGAUGGUUACAAAACCCAUUUUUUUGAUGACCAAUUUUCCUGCACUUCGGACAUGAAUUUUGAGUUGAAAGUAGCCAGUUCAAUGUCCAACAUCUCUGGGAUUGUUGUACUCUAUACAACUUCUGAACCGCUUCGAACCACAACUAGAACUUCCUCUUUUUGUAAGAGGGCAGUUGGUUCUUCACAGAGUAAUUUGUACACUUCAAGAUGCUCAUCGUUAUCGGUUGCUGAAGAGACGUCACGCAAGUAAAUCACUCGAAAUGUUGCAUUUCAAGAAAAAACUUCAGUGUCUAGCGAAGCCAAGAAUCAACAAAAACAGCCCCACCCCCCCUCAUCGGACAGUAAUGGUUCCGCAAACAACAAGGAAUUUGAGGAACUCUGUGAUCGUCGGUUAAAUGGACAAACUAUGUACAUUCAUCAUUUCUGUGUCAAUCUCUUCCUGUGUUUAUGGUACACAAAAUUCAUUGACCGGUCAAGUUUUUGUGUACAUGUACAUGUCAUAAAAUCAAGAAUCUUCACUGACAGUACGAUCUACCAGCACCAGUUAUCUCCAUUUUGGUUUCAAGGGAAUCUUUCGACUCGGUAUGGAACAUCCCAGCCAGCCCUGGGAGUCUCGAAGAAGAUCCUCCAUUUUGCCUGUAAAUUCUUUUGGAACCAGGAAGUGUGGGUGCAGAUGGAUUCAAGCUGUGAAACGAUACACCCAAGGCUGGGCCGCCAUGCUGUUGCAAUGCUCUGGUGCACAAGCCUAAAGAUCACAUUUCAUUCUGAGCAGGCAGGCAUGGUUCUCAUCCCACACACAACGGGCCAAACCAGUUAGUCAUCCACUAACAUCAGCAUGAUGCAUGGGACAUUUUUGUGGUCUUUCUUUGUCCCAUCGAGUCAACUCUAAACCAUUAAUACAAAUGGGACCAAAUCAAGUUUGCUGGCAAUACAUCUUUAAGGCUUAACGAACUCCUGCAGCAUCGGGGCAUUCAAAAUCCUUGACUGUAUUUUAGGGCUGGAAUUUCAUCUUUGUUUAGAGGUCAAGGCUAUGUUAAUUUUCAAAAAGGAAUUUCCCAUGGAAAAUCUAUUAAGUCUAUGAAAAGUAUUUGAAGGGGCACCAAAGCCAAGACCAGGGCAACGGAAUGCCCUGGGGUUGGGCAUGAAAUUCCAGGCCUGUUAUUUUUGGUCUUUCAUUUUUUAAGACUAAACAUUUUGAGAAGUCAAAAUGCAGGGAUAAGGUUUUGAAUGCACCAGUAGUAUUGCCAUCUUUCCAAUAAUGUUAAGGGCAUGCUUGAACUAAAGACAACCGAUCAUCCACAAGUACCAGUGAAGAACAUUUUCCGAUGUAGGAUCCA